AAAACUUGUGUUGCGUGACUGUGAGCAUAAUAUUACGUGGAAUGCUUUAUUUCGUACCAAGUGCUACACUUACAGCAAAUUCCUGAAUAUAUAUAAAGGACGAUAACUCGUAUUGAGCAUUAAAUUCACGCUUCACCAGUUAUUCACGGGACUGGUCCAGUGUGUCUCAGAUCGGAGAAAACAAGCGAAGUUAAUAAGAUAUGGAUACAGGUCGUCUGAUGAUAUCUGUGCCGGUUGUACUCCUAGUUGUAGCUAUAGUAGCAGGCUUUGCAGCGAUGUUCUGGACUCGAGACAACAGAAAUCUCCCACCCAGGGAGCCAGGAAUACCCUUUAUAGGAAACGUGGAUAUGAAGCCGGAACCUUCGUACUUUCUCAAACUUCAGAAGAAACAUGGUGAUUUGUUCACUCUAAAUUUGUUUGGUCGGACGAUCAUCGUGGCUUGUGGUUAUGACACACUCAAAGAGUUGCUGGUCAAGAAUGGAGAAAAAACAACCGGUCACCCUGUAUCUUUCGGACUCACGGAAUAUUUCGAACUUUCAGGUAUGAUUGGAUCGUCUGGGUCCAUUUGGAGACAUCAGAGGAAAUUCGGACAUGAUGCAUUAAAAGCUAUUGAUUCCGGGAGUGAUAAUAUUGAAUCCCGUGUUUUAGCAGAAGUGCAAGAUUUUCUCAAAGAGGUAGAGAAAAUGGAAGGCAAACCGUUCGAUGUAAGCAGGCUGAUAAAAAUAAGCCACUGCAACAUCAUGUCGUCUCUUUUAUUUGGAAAGAGAUUUGCUCACAACGACCCCACUCUUACUCGACUAGUAGAUUUAGUAGACGAAGCCAUGGCCAUCUUUCCUGAGCAAGGGAUUCUGAGCUACGUCGAAUGGCUGAAGUAUCUUCCUGGAGAUCGUUUUAAGGUCAGGCGAAGACGAUUCCUGGUAGACGAAAUCUUCAAAAUCGUUCAGAAAUCAGUGGACGAGCACAAAGAAACGUUGGAAAAUCCCAAGAACCAAGAUCUCAUCUACAGUUUCUUGAAUGAACAGAAGAAGAGAAAAAUGAAUAAUGAAGAUCUGACAGGCUUUGGAGAUAGAGACCUGUUGAUAAUGGGCUAUGUCCUGCACUUUUCCAGUACACCUGCUCUUAAUGAAUUAUAUUGGUACAUCUUGUACCUCAUGCACAACCCAGAUGUGGUUGUACGCAUGCGCAAAGAAAUACAGGAAAAUGUUGGGAUGAAGAAACCCGUGACUAUGGCCGACCAAGCUAAGCUUCCUUACUGCCGGGCCGUGAUGUAUGAAGUCCUUCGUAUGUCCACCCCUGUCUUCGUCACUGCUGCACAUACAUUGUCAGAGGACAUCGAGGUCAACGGUUUCACGCUCCCAAACGAUGCUUGGUUGAUGCCGGUAUUAGGCACCGCCAACCUCGACCCAGCUAAUUUUCCCGAGCCAGAAAAAUUUAAACCAGAGCGAUUUCUGAAUGAGAAUGGGGAACUGGCUGGUUAUGAGAAGGUGUACAUGUCAUUUGCACUAGGCCCGAGAGAUUGUGUAGCCAAGAACAUUGCUAAAAUGGAAAUGUCUCUUUUCCUUACAACACUGGUGCAGAACUAUGAUAUUGAAAACGAGCCCGGGAAACCCCUACCCUCUCUGGAAGGAAUAUCAAAUGGAUUUCGUUCUGCCAUUCCCUACGAAGUUUGUUUGAAAAAGAGAAACUAAUUCAACGGGCGAUAAAAGCCAUAAAUUAUGCAUUUGGUGUAUUUGUCUGCUUUUUUAUCAUAACAUCAUCAAUUCUUAUGCAUGCAUACAAUGAAUCAUAAAUUGGUAUGUCUGAA